CAAAAAUGGCGGCCUCCAAAGAUUUUUACUUGCGGUAUUAUGUUGGUCACAAAGGGAAGUUUGGGCAUGAAUUCUUGGAGUUUGAGUUUCGUCCAGAUGGAAAACUGCGAUAUGCCAAUAACUCCAAUUACAAGAAUGAUACAAUGAUCAGAAAGGAGGCUUAUGUCCACAAGUCAGUGAUGGAAGAGCUGAAAAGAAUCAUUGAGGACUCGGAAAUUAUCCAGGAAGAUGACGCAUUGUGGCCUCCACAUGACAGAGUUGGUAGACAGGAGCUUGAGAUUGUCAUUGGAGAUGAGCAUAUAUCAUUCACAACAUCAAAGAUUGGAUCUCUAGUAGAUGUUAACCAAAGCAAGGACCCAGAAGGAUUGAGAACCUUCUAUUACCUCGUACAGGAUCUGAAGUGUCUGGUUUUCUCGUUGAUUGGACUUCAUUUUAAAAUCAAACCAAUCUAAAACUUGUAAAAAUGAGACAAAAAGCAGCAGUUUUGUUUAUUUUCUCCAUGUCACUGUAGAUGUCACUGAUUUUUUUUAUUUCAUUAAACUUUUAUCUGUAAUUUUA